AUGGCGGGGCUGGAGCUGCUGUCCGACGCGGGGUUCCGGGCGGACGGGCGCCGGCCGGACGAGCUGCGCAAGGUGCGGGCCCGGCUCGGGGUGCUGGCCCGGGCGGACGGCUCGGCCUACCUGGAGCAGGGCAACACCAAAGUGCUGGCGGCCGUGUACGGCCCGCACGAGGUCCGGGGGUCCCGGGCCAAGGCCCCGCCGGACCGGGCGCUGCUCAGCUGCCGCUGCAGCGCGGCGCCGUUCGCGGGGGGCGGCGAGCGGCGGCGGCGCCCGGCGCAGGGCGGCAGCGACCGGCGGGCGGCGGAGCGAGCGCUGCUGCUGCGGGGCGUGCUGGAGGGCGCCGUGCUGGCACAGCUCUACCCGCGCUCACAGAUCGACGUGCACGUCCAGGUGCUGCAGGCGGACGGGGGUGAGCUGGGGGCCAGCGUCAGCGCGGCCGGGCUGGCGCUGCUGGACGCGGGCGUGGCGCUGCGCGGGGCCGUGCUGGCCGGCUCCGCCGGGCUGGCCGAGCCCCCGGCCGGGCCCCCGGCGGCCCUGAGCGACCUGAGCGCGGCCGAGGAGGCGGCCGGGGGCCCGCGGCUGGCCGUGGCCACGGUGGCGGGCAGCGGGCAGCUGGCCCUGUGCCAGCUCAGCGCCCGGCUGCACCGGGAGCGGCUGCGGCCCGUGCUGGACGCCGCCCUGGCCGCCUGCCGGGGGCUGCACGCCGUGCUGGAUGGCGUGGUCAGGGCCCGGCUGCGCCAGGACACCGCCAUGCAGCAGUGACCAGCACGGUGACCACUGCCGGGACAUGGCCAUGGAGCAGUGACCAGCACGGUGACCGCCCGGGACACGGCCAUGGAGCAGUGAGUGACCACCCGGGACAUUGCCAUGGAA